UUAGGUAAAACAUGGCGGUGCAGGGAGAUGCUGCCUCCAAAGAUGAAAUUAAAACUCAGUUCACCACCAUAGAAGGAGUGUACAGAUUACUGCCACUUUCAGAAUACAGUAGACCUAAUAGAGUAGCUUAUAAUAACAGUGGAGGAAGUGGAACUAUACCCCCUGUAAGAGUGUCUUUCGUUAGUUUACCAGAUUCCAGUGGAAAUGUUAACUCGAUAAACGGUGAUAGAACCAAAAUAUGUUUUAAUUACGGCAGAGAACUAUUUGUAUAUACGUAUAGAGGAAUUAAAAAGGCAGCAGACCUAACCAAACCCAUAGACAAGAGAGCUUACAACAAAGAAGAUGUUCCAACUUGCCACGACUUCAAUGCGACAACAGCAAAUGCUGAUGGAGUUUCCUUGCUAGUGGGACUCUUAGGGGGUCAAGUACAACUUAUAGACCCCAUUACCAAGGAAGUGAAUAAAGCAUAUAAUGCUGGGGAGAGACUGAUAGACAAGACAAAGGUGACGUGUGUUCGAUGGAUACCGGGUUCUCCAAACCAGUUCCUUGCUGCACACAGUAGUGGCCACAUGUACACCUAUAAUGAGGAACUUCUUUGUGGUGUUGACAGACCUCAUUAUCAGCUUUUCAAGCAGGGUGAGGGAUACUCUGUCUAUACAUGCAAAACUAAAAGUACUAGAAACCCACUUUAUAGAUGGGUCAUUGGUGAGGGAAGCAUUAACGAAUUUGCAUUCUCACCAUGCUCAAAAUUCUUGGCUGUGGUAUCCCAGGAUGGAUACUUGAAAGUCUUUAACUUUGAUACUAUGGACUUAGUAGGUAGUGCAAGAAGUUACUAUGGGGGAUUAUUGUGUGUUUGUUGGUCACCUGAUGGCCGUUAUGUUGUUACAGGGGGUGAGGACGACCUCAUUACAAUCUGGUCAUUUCAUGAAAAGAGAGUUGUGGCCAGAGGACAAGGACAUAAAAGUUGGGUUACUGUGGUUGCAUUUGAUUCCUAUACAACCUCAUAUAGUGAUAUGGAUUGUUUUGAUGUGUGUAAUGAGGAUAUGGUUAAACACAAUAGCAUUAGUAAUGAUGUGAGAGGUAGUAAGACAAAUAAUAGUGCACCAAAUUCAAGGCCUAAUUCAAACAGAAACUCCUUAGCCUCAGAUGGACUGGGGCUAUCUAUAACAAGUUAUCGAUUAGGCUCAGUUGGCCAGGACACAUUGCUCUGUUUAUGGGACCUCAAAGAUGACGUUUUAACACAGCCUUACUUGCGGCCAAGAUCAAGCACUGUUGUAAGUAGCAGUGGAAGGGGGAGUGUAAGUGGGGGAACAGGUGUACCUCAAACUGGACAACUUACAGCCAAUGCCAAGUGCAACAGUGUAAAAGAUUCUUCUGUUGGUAGUGAUUCUUCUCACCACUCUCACUCUACUAACUCCCUUACUGCCAAGCUUGCCAACCUUAACUUUGGUGAAAAGAAGGAUAAAGAGAAAGGGGAGAAGGACCAUAAACGAAGCCUGAGCUUAGCAUCGAAAAAUUCUAUGCAAAAUUGUAAAGGUUCUGUAAAUAAAAAUCAAGUAGGAGGAUCAACAGUACUGCCUGAAGACUCGUACAGGCCUAUGGGCACAUCCCUCUGUCCACGAUUAGAUGAAUGCCCUGUAUUAGAGCCUAUGAUUUGCAAAAAAAUUGGUCAUGAACGUCUCUCUGGCCUAAUCUUCAGAGAAGAUUGCCUAAUUACCUCCUGUCAAGAUGGCUGUGUACUAACUUGGUGUCGCCCAGGAAAACAGCCUGGUAGUAAUCAGCACUCUACACCCAGUCCAACAACGGCUGUGGCCAUGGGUGGAGGUCCCAUAGCCUCGGGUGGAACGGUAGUGUAGCCUAAGAAUGGGGGGAGGGGGGUGUCAGUUGUCACAGAUCUCUGAACAAGUGCCACAAUGUGGUGGUUAUCCCAGACUCCUGGUGUUGGUGUGUGUUGCCGUGAUAUACUGUUGCAUUAGAGUGAUUCUUUACCCAGGGAUGGGGGAUAGAUUCUUCAGUGAAUGCCCAGUCACUUUAAAGGUGGUUAAAAAAUAUAGAUUAUGAAUUGUUUAGAGAGAAGUUGAAGUCUCCCUGAGUAAUGUCUGUUACUGAUAUUUAUAAACUUUGCAUCCUAUAUUGUUUGAUCGUAAAUGUUGAAAAAGUGCAUUAGGAAAGCCAGUAACAGUUACUGAAAUGUCUUUAAUUUGCCAUUAAUAGGUGCCUGAGCUGUUGUAUUAUGUUUUUCUGCUCUUCUCCCUCACUCCAUACAUUAGGCUCUGUUUAUAAAAGUUUUUGGUCUUAGUGUCCUAUUUUUUAUUUCUUAAUUUGAAUAUUCACACAUAGCUUACAGGUAUUGUUGCCUUAAUGUAAAUCUGGUAAAUAAGUAAAGUUUUAAUAAUGUUCCAUAACUGCUGCUUGUGUCCACAGUCAGUAAUGUUAUUCUUUGUGGUUUGUACAGAAUUUCUUCCCUGCUGCUUUUGUCUUGUCUUUCUUAGUCAAUUACACUGAUAAUCUGUAUUUUUCAAUCAUUUUCAUCACUUCAUUGAUUUUAACUGAUCUUGAUGUAUCCCUCCCAGUUCUUUUCUUGAUUUUGGGGUAAGUUUAUUUUCCUAGUGAUUUUAUGAAUUUUCAGUGCCUAGUCUCAUCAUUUAUGACUUUCUAGUAAUGUAUUUUGAUGUUAAAAACAUUUGCAGUGGUUGAAAAUUAUGUACUGGUAAGAGAUUUUGCAAAAAAGCUCACCUUGUGCUGAAUGUAUGUAUGUAGUGACAUAAAGUCAUUAAGUCAUUAUGUUUUAACAGGCACUAGAUAGUGAAAUGAUUGACUAUGAUGUAUUUUUUGAUCAUUCUGUGAUGGGAAACAGAAGUGUAUUAUAAAUAUUAUUUUUAUAAUUAAAUAAGUGUUUGGAAAACCAAUACUGCAUUGAACCUGGAGGAUUUCAGUCUGUUAAAAUGUAGAUAAAAUAGCUGCACACUUGGUUUUCUCGAAAAUAUUAUUCACAAUCUUGUACUUUUGGGUUUUAUUAAUAGUUUAAGGAGAGCUAAAUAUUUUAACGAAAUGGCUGCAAUAUAAUUUUAGCAUAGUAUUUUAAUUCUACAGGAAAUUAAAAACAUUUUUUGAAUUUGCCUGUAGCUUUUAAAUUACAGUAUACAGUGAUCCCUUGCCAACGGGUUACGUUCUAGGAAAAUUUUGCAUUGGACAAAACGGUGUUUGUCAAGGUAAAAUAAAUAAUAGGGAACAUGGUCGUCACUGUUUAUGGGAAACAGUUCAAGUAAGUAUUUUCAUUGAUUGAUUGUUAAACCUAGGGCUGUAACAGAGAGUCCUAUGAACCCUACUACCAUAAUCCUGGAACUAUUGUCAGAUGAACCUGGUAUAUUUCACCUAUCCAGCCUUUGUUUCAGUAUUAGUCACUGGCCAUUGACUAUAACUUUAAUUUACAUUGCACUCCCUUAUAAGAUAAGCUCUUGAAAAAAUAAGGCAUUCAAUGAUGCAAUGCUUCAAGGAGGAAGGGAAUCUUGUUUAUCAAGGGUUUUGAUCAUGUGAUCACCUGUUUAGUGGUGUUGAGGUCAAAAGCAACUGCUGGGCUGUAGUACUGAACUUGAUUGAACAUUACCUUGGAUAUGAAAAUGACAAACAGUUAGUAUCAUUAAAGCCAUUGGUCAGGCACCUUCUACAAUAUGUCUUAUUUAGUAAAUUUCUUGUUUUCUUGUCAAAAACCACCUUUUACCAUAUAUCAAUCAGGGAAGGAAGCAUAAAGAGCAUUUAUUCAUGAAAACAGUUUGCUGUUCUGUCCAAAUUUAAUGAUUGAAUUUGACUACAACUCAUUGUGGCUUAAGUAUAAAAUAAAAGCAAAGUUCUUUUGUACUGUAAGAGGGUCACAGAAUAUAGGGAAAAAAGGAAGGGAAGGUAGCUGUCAGCUGUUAGAGAUACUGUUUGCUUAGCUUCAGACAGGUAGUUUGCCAUUCUACCUAAACAAAAGAUUUCAAAGAGAUGUUUCUAAGAUAAAGUUUAGCUUUAGCAAGUAAUGUUUUACUGAGUAAGGAAGUUAGGAAGUGUAUAAAACAUAGCAACAUACCAGAUGAAUAUUAGAUGACUACUCUCCAUCCACCUUGCCAAUUGUACCCUUAUUCUUCACUCUCUUAUGCAAUUACAUUGAAAAAUUAUAGAAAAGUGUCAGUGUGAAAAGCUGUUUCUGAAGACACAAGAGAAUAUUGAGGACACAAGAGAAUAUUGAGGACACAAGAGAAUAUGUGUGAGCAAAACAAAGUAGUCCAUUAUUUAUUACCAGCAACAACAUAACUUUUUUUUUUUUUUUAAAUAUUUGGAGAGCUGUAUAUCCUUGUCUUAAGAGUGCAUAACAGUUUUUUUUUUUUUUUUGAAAAUUAUAAAAAAUGUAGAAAAAUACUAUGAACAUCAUCUCCACAUGUUCAAUUUCUGUAUUGACAUAUUGUGAUGGUCCUAGGACCACUGAAGAGUUGAAAUCAGCUCAGGGCCCAUUCAGUUGAUGAGUUACAAUGGCCCUAUAGUUUGAUAGCCACUAAGUUCAACAUUGUUUUUUAUUUGUGUAUUUGGGUUCUUUGGGAGACCAGUUUGAAAGUUUGCUUUACUGGAUCUCUGUCAGUAUUGAGCAUUUUGAGGUAUUCAGAAAAAAAUAAUGCUAAUUUUUUCCUAGGUAAAGAAAAAUGAAAUACAGGUAAGAAAAACAAAUGUUCUAGGUUAUGUUAACUGAAUUACUAUGCCAGCUUUUAGUCUAAAUCUGGGAGACACCAGCUUGGAGAUGCCAGCUGAGCUCACUUCC